GGAUGGAGUGCCACCGGGGACGAGGACGGACCGGCGGUGUUGCAACGAGAACAGCCGCAAGGUGUCUCUGGGUCUGGUGAUGACGCUACUCAUCGCCGCCUCGUGGGUCGGGGCGGCGCACAUGCUCAAGGCCACGUUCGCUGAGAGCAACAGUCCGGCCAACCAGAGGCUCACCAGGGAGGGCCGACUCAAUGUAACCGAGGUCACAUUCGAUGCACCUUUCUUCACCACUUGGGUCUGUGCAAGCUUCAACACGUUCUUCUUUCCCAUCUUCCUAAUGGGGCGACUCUGUUCCCGGACAGAGAAAACAAGUGCCAAGAAUGUGCUCAUCGAGACCCUUGCACAGCUGCAGGAGAAGCAGUUCACCUUCUCCCAAUUCUUCUCCCGGUGCGGUCUCUUCUGCCUCCUCUGGGUGGUGACCAACUACGCACUGGUUCACUCGCUACGCAUCCUAGACACUACGGACGUGCUGGCACUGUAUGCUUCAAACGUGUCCUUCGUGUACCUCCUCUCCUGGGUCAUCCUGCACGAGCAGUUCGUCGGUAUCAGGAUUGUGGCGGUGAUCCUGUGCAACACGGGCAUCGCGCUGCUGGCGUACAUGGACGGAGUCACGAGAACCAUAACGCUCGGUGGUGUGGUGCUAUCGGCAGCCGCGGCUGCCGGCUCCGGGGUGUACAAAGUGACGUUCAAGAAGCUAAUAGGCGACGUGACUUUCGGUCAGCUGUCGCUGUUCUUCAGUCUUAUCGGCUUCCUGAACCUUCUGCUCAUGUGGCCAGUGCUGCUGGCGCUGUACCUGCUGCGCUUCGAGACCAUCGUGUGGAGCCGCAUGCCGUGGGGAAUGCUGGCUGGCGCCGGCGCUCUUUCAUUGCUAUCAAAUUUGCUCGAAUUUGGCAUCGUCUGGACUUUCGAAAUAUUCCUCACAUUAGGACUUGCGUUUGCUGUGCCAAUUUCUGCGAUCGUAGACGUGUACAUCUACGAAGUGUUGUUCGAAGGCAUGAAGCUGGCCGGAAUCUUGCUCAUCCUAAUCGGCUUCAUGCUCGUGCUGCUGCCGGAGGACUGGCCCGACUACCUGACCAUGAUCCUGCGCUAUCGACGGAGCAGUCGCCGGCGCCGCACCGUCGCCAAGAAGCCCACGCCGCAGGACACCGCCACGGGACACCGCUCCCGCCUCAGGACACCGUCCGGUCGCAUCAAGUAGCGCUUGGACGGGUUUGAGCUCGGGGAUCUGCUCAGAGUUCAAAUCCAGAACAGGCGAUUAGAGCAGACGGCGCACUUCAGCGUCGACAUGGCCAACACAGUGUACGGUGGCCAGAGGACUCCGGACAGCGAAGCCCACGAAUACAUAUUUUAGGGAGGGCACAGUGAAAAGUGCGCGCAAACGCGCGAAGUUCUCUUCGUUUGAACACAACUACGUUGUUUGCUGCGAUGGAUGCGAUAGUGCUGAUAGUGCUGUCUCGAACUAGUUCUGUGCAGAAAGCGCAUCGGUUGCCAAUCACGCUGACAAGGAAUUGUGGGGCUGUUGCUACUGCCACUGAACUUCGCUUGAGAGGUGUUUGUUGCGCCUACUUCACAAUCACGACCAUACCCUCUUGAUGUGUUGAUAGUAUAAGUACUAACUUUGGCUCGAAGGACGGAAAUGUUAGACUUGCUUCUGUUUCUGUAGCGAGCAGCACGGUAUAAGAUCUUGUCCGUGCCGUGGUGAUCGAGUUUUGACGCUGGAUCAUUUGUUGUUGCAUCAAUAGUACGAGAUAGUGUGAGUACAGAUAGUUGAGUGUGUGCAGCGAUGGCGAUGUUCUGGUUUCAUAUUUUGUCUUCACACAUCGUAACGCACAGCGUUCAAGUAAGUCGGUUUGCAGUGGGAUGUGUUUGGCACGAGCACUAACGUCUGGCACUUUCAUUUUGCUACCCACAGGAAGAGUUCCGGAAAUGUGAUUGUAACACUUAUGUCACGAAGGCACCCACAUCUGAGUCGAUACAGUCAAGUUACAUCUUGGCAUUUUUUGCAGAAGUUAACGUAACAGCGUCAGUUGCUUCAUUGUACGCCACUUUUGGUGCUGCCUCAUCACUCACACAAGAUUUUCUUGUACCUCAUGAAGCGCUUUGUUUGAUGUCCUAGUCUGUCAGCUUUAGAUUGUGUGGCUGAAAGAGUUUUCUUGUCGAAGUGGUGAUACUUGACACAAAAGUUAGAAGUAAGGUUCAACGCUAUUAUUUAUCGUGCCUGCACCGAGUUGACAGUUCGUCCUUAUUGAACCCUACUAUCACCAUUUAAAGUAAAACUGGCUUCAACUGCAUCAUUGGCUGUGAGAUGCUUGCUACGGCUAGUCACUGGGUGAAUGCAUCUGGCACGUUUCUCACGAAAUGAAUGACUCUAAAUAAAACAUACUGUAUCACCUA